AUGCAUCAUGCAGCAGCUGCAUCCUGGAAUCAGUUGGUUCCAGAGUCACAGCCUUUAACACUGGCUUGCUGUCCCGUAGCGACGCUGACGGCGUCAAUGCCGCGAGCUAAUAAAAUAGAGGAGCAUGAGGAAAGCGGCAGUGAGACUGUCCUCGAUGUCGCUGUAAGUGAUUGGGAGAAGGAGGCCAUUCGCCGAUACAGAAAACUACAGAUUAGCCUGGCAACCAUAUCCUCACAGUCUGAAUACCUGUCGCCCACUGCUAACAAUGGGGUGUUUUUGCAGCUGAUACUACGCUCCAAACUCCUACCCGUCAAGGACUGGUGCGAGUGUGCGCGGGUGGUGGGGAGUUGGUUUCAGGGAUCCCGAUCUCCUCCGCUGGGGCUACUAUCCUACCUUGUGACUCACCUUGUCGUGGCACAUAAGCUGACGCCUUGCAGUGCCGCUACCUGGAUUUUGGAUCUGAGUAAAGUGUUUCUCAUUGAGGAUGCAGAUACCAUUGACUCGGGUGGUUUGGUUUCCGUCAGGAAUUGGGGCUUUGCAGUGGAGUUGGAGCGUUCCGUGUAUGUUCUGCAGUCCACAGGAUCCCUGCUAUUCAAGAUCUUUUCUUCCUUGGUGCUUGACCGACUGCUGGAUGAAGUGUUUUCUGGCAGAGGUGCGCCAGAGUCGUGGAGGGUUCUUUGUUUGUGUUUUCUUUUAAAGAGCAACAAGGAGUUUAUGCAGUCCGCGUGGGAAACCGACGAGAAGCGACAUUGUAUGCGCAUGCAGCGUGCGUGCGAACUGGGUCGUGAAGUUCCCCCCCACAUUGCGGCGGUUCUGACAGCCGUUGUGUGA